GCUCUAUAUCCAUAAGUACCCUUCAGCAUCUUUGUCUUUGACUUCAGAAGCGAAACAUACCAGACACGAUGAACUCUCAAGAAGAAGCAAAGAAGUUUUUGUUGAAUGCAUGGGAGUUGCUUUGGGUCAAAAAUCUUCCAGACCUUCCUAAGCUCUAUGACGAAGAAGCAGAGAUAUCAGGCUUCUCGCCACCGAAGCAAUCCACAUGGAAAGGCUACGAGGGAAUAAGAGCUCAUUUCAAAGAGCUGGAAUCUAUCAUCGAUUCUAAGUCGUUCAAUAUGACGACUAUUGAUCUUGCCAACAAUGGUAACACAUUGUAUGCAAUCUGGAACGCGGAAUUCCAGAUGAAAAUUCCCGGACAGGAAGGGACGAUGGAAGGGAACGGGAUCUUGCGUGUUGUACUCAAGGAUGGUAAGGUGGCUGUAUGGACGUUCUUUGAGGAUCCGACACCAUUUGUGGCUAUGGCUAUGAAGGGACAAAUGGGUUAGGUGCUAGGAGAGUUACCUUAUUCUUCUGGACGAUGGAUAUUGUUCAUUACCGAUGAUUUUCUACAUUCAUAUCAUCUCAAUCAGAAAGUUACGGUGCUUGAUGAGUUCAAUUUGUAAUCAUUCUCUGACUAGAAAGUUCCAUGCAAUAUUUGGAGAG